CUCCCCAUCACCCCCUCAAUCCCCCAUCCACCAUGUCUCUCAGCAACAAGCUCCCCAUCACCGAGGUCGACCUCAAGGACAAGCGUGUCUUGAUCCGGGUAUGUCCCCUCUCCGGAGCUUGAAUAAACCCCCCCCUCCACCACUCUCCAUCCACCAAGCUAACAAACAACACCAGGUCGACUUCAACGUCCCCCUCAACGCCGAGAAGCAGAUCACCAACAACCAGCGUAUCGUCGGUGCCCUCCCCACCAUCAAGUACGCCAUCGACAAUGGCGCCAAGGCCGUUGUCCUGAUGUCCCACCUGGGCCGUCCCGACGGCAAGAAGAACCCCAAGUACAGCCUGAAGCCCGUGGUUGCCGAGCUUGAGAAGCUCCUCGGCCGCAGCGUCAUCUUCACCGAGGACUGCGUCGGCCCCGAGGUCGAGGAGACCGUCAACAAGGCCUCCGGUGGCCAGGUCGUUCUGCUGGAGAACCUGCGCUUCCACGCCGAGGAGGAGGGCAGCUCCAAGGAUGCCGAGGGCAAGAAGGUCAAGGCCGACAAGGACCAGGUCGCUGAGUUCCGCAAGGGUCUGACUGCCCUUGGUGAUGUGUACAUCAACGACGCUUUCGGCACCGCCCACCGCGCCCACUCCUCGAUGGUCGGCGUGGACCUCCCCCAGAAGGCCUCCGGCUUCCUGGUGAAGAAGGAGCUCGAAUACUUCGCCAAGGCUCUCGAGAGCCCCCAGCGCCCCUUCCUGGCCAUCCUCGGUGGCGCCAAGGUGUCCGACAAGAUCCAGCUGAUCGACAACCUUCUCCCCAAGGUCAACAGCCUGAUCAUCACCGGAGCCAUGGCUUUCACCUUCAAGAAGACGCUCGAGGGCGUGAAGAUCGGGAACAGCCUGUUCGACGAGGCCGGCAGCAAGAUCGUCGGCGAGGUCGUCGAGAAGGCCAAGAAGCACAACGUCAAGAUCGUCCUGCCCGUCGACUACAUCACUGCCGACAAGUUUUCCGCCGAUGCCACCACCGGCACCGCCACUGACGCCGAGGGCAUCCCCGACGGCUACAUGGGUCUGGACGUCGGUGAGAAGUCCGUCGAGCUCUACAAGGAGACCAUCGCCGAGGCCAAGACCAUCCUCUGGAACGGUCCCCCGGGCGUCUUCGAGCUCGAGCCCUUCGCCAACGGCACCAAGAAGACCCUCGAUGCUGUCGUCCAGGCUGCCCAGAACGGCACCAUCGUCAUCAUCGGUGGCGGUGACACCGCUACCGUUGCCGCUAAGUACGGCGUCGAGGAUAAGCUCAGCCACGUCUCCACUGGUGGCGGUGCCUCCCUCGAGCUCCUCGAGGGUAAGGACCUCCCCGGUGUUUCCGCCCUGUCCAGUAAGUAAAUCUGAAAAAUAUCAUCUCCCGUGAUUCGGGCGUUUUCCCUCGCGUCCUAUAUUAUACCAUAUGAAAAGGACUGGCCGCCGUCCCGGGUUAGGAUUUGAUUUGAACAAGAGGCCUUGUAGAUACCGUUCUGCGUCCGUCUGUCCGUCUGUCUGUUAGAUAGAUAGAUAGACGCGUGGGACCUAUCUAUCUACAUAUCUCAACGAAUGUAAUGUACCAGGAUGAAUGAAAUAAUAAUCAAUCAAGAUGCGCUUUCCAUUUUCCAACUCAUGUUUUCUGUUCCUGCUCAAUCCUCUGUUCAACUUCCACUUCAAUAUACACAACGCAAGCCUGGCAGAAUACCUCCUGAUGUAAUCGCGAAUUAGGAAUAGAGAUGGGUCCGAAACUGUGACAUGGCUUGGCUUCCUGGCUUGUGUGUGUACCCAUCCUACUUAGGCAUUGCAUUCCAC